GAGGUAAACAACUGUAGCCAUUCGUUCAAAAAAAACAUGGGAUCUUAGCCGUGGAAUAUCAAAGAAGAGAUCUCUGCAGAAAAGUAUUUUUCUCUUUUCGCAAGGGAUGGAGAAGUGUGUAAUCGAAGGGUCCUUGACUUAGCUUCCGGCAGAUCUUCCAAUCCAACUUCUUCUUCUGGCAGUCUCCUACAGCGGAUCGGAUCGGCACAAUGAGCACUCCUGCUGCAAUCCCAGGGACUGGUGGCCUUUUCUCAGGCUUUACCCGACUUUCAAAAGGACUUGCUGUGGUUCUUGUUACGGGCUACCUUGCCAAUGUCCUCUUACCUCAUACGAUUUCAGAUACUUUCUCCUUGAUACCUGGAAAAUUUAUCCCAUUUGUUUGGAAUAUUAUCACAGCAGGCUAUCUUGAGACAACUAUUUUUGGUUUGGGAGCGAGCGUUCUUGCUCUGCUUCUUGCCGGAAAGCAUUUGGAGCCUUUCUGGGGUUCAAGGGAGUUCAUCAAGUUCAUAGUCUUUGUCAAUCUCUUCACUUGUGCAAGUACCUUUGCCCUUGCUAUUUUUCUUUAUUUCACUACAAGACGAGGAGAUUAUCUAUAUGCGCCAAUAUCAGGGUUCCAUGGAGUGUUGGCUGGGUUUCUGGUUGCAGUGAAGCAGAUCAGUCCAGAACAAGAAAUACCGGCCCUUAAACUGCGUGCAAAGUGGUCUCCUUCUCUAUUCGUUAUCUUUUCGAUCGUUAGCAGCUUUCUCUCGGCGGAGCCAAUUCAAUUCGUACCUUUCAUUGUGUUUGGAACUUACGGAGCCUGGAUAUAUCUUCGUUACUUCCAGAGGAAGCCUGAGGCUGGACUCAAAGGCGACUCGAGUGCUGAAUUUUCCUUCGCAACUUUCUUCCCAUCACCCGUACAGCCCUUCGUCGAUACAAUUGCAAAAAUCUGCGAGAGAAUUUUCUGCCGGCAGAGAAUUCAAACAUCUAAUGAAGGACCAAGCGUUGAACUCGGGAAACCUCUUCCAGGUUCAGAUUCUUUUGAGGCUAGCAGGCGAAGGGAGCGAGGUGCUCGUGCACUUGAAGAAAGAUUAGGUACCAACGCAAUGGCAGAAGGCCUACCAGCAGAGGGUCUCGAAUCUAAAGGGAGCCAAGCUAUUGUCUGAACCAGAGCUUUCGCUUCUCUUCUUUCCUUUUCAUUUUUCAUGUUUUUUUUUGUACAUGACCAAAAUAAUCAAUCCUUAAUCGACGAUCGACUACUCUUCCCCUAUUUAGCCGCACUUUCCCUCCACGGAGGAAACUUCUCCCUUGUUGAGCGCCUAGAUCCUCUCCUGGAGUGGAAGUGUUGUAGCAUCAUGCAAGGUAACCUGGAGCAAUUGUGAGUAAUGUCGAUAAUUGUAGGACUAAGGAGGUGUGUUGAGUCCAAAGGCAUGGUGCAUUAUGCAUUAUGCUGAAGAGUUGUGAAAUAGAACGGCCUACACUUGGUUUUGAGUACUUUGAAUGCAAAGUUUCUUUAAUUUUAUUUUC